GGCCCACUUGUCGAAGUUUAUUUCAAGUGACGAAGUAACACAUUGGGUGACAUAAUGAGCGGAUCCGAGCAAGAACCUGUCACUCGGCAAAUGUUGGAAGACUUGUCGUCUUGAAGUUCCUCAUUAUGCUACAUACUCUCUCAUUCUCAGCCCUCACCCUCCUCGGGUUCAUUGCUGAAGCCUAUGCUGCCAUCGGCCCGGUUGCAGACCUGCACAUUGUGAACAAGAAUCUCGCUCCAGACGGUUUUACUCGUCCAACUGUCCUUGCAGGUGGUACCUUCCCUGGUCCCCUCAUCAAGGGAAACAAGGGUGAUAACUUCAAGCUAAAUGUCAUUGACGACCUGACCGAUGCCAGAAUGCUCAAAUCUACGUCUAUCCAUUGGCAUGGGUUCUUCCAGAAGGGGACCAACUGGGCCGAUGGGCCCGCAUUCGUCACCCAAUGUCCUAUCACAACAAACAAUUCUUUCUUGUACGACUUCGACACUCCAGGUCAGGCUGGUACCUUCUGGUAUCAUAGCCAUUUGUCUACCCAGUACUGUGAUGGAUUACGUGGUCCUUUUGUCGUCUAUGAUCCCAACGAUCCCAACGCACAGCUCUACGAUGUCGACGAUGAAAGCACCGUUAUCACUCUUGCUGAUUGGUAUCAUGUUCUUGCUCAGACAGUUGUUGGUCCUGCCACUUCCGACGCGACGUUGAUUAAUGGUCUGGGGCGCUCUGCUACCGGUCCUCCUGACGCUGAUUUAGCUGUAAUCACCGUCGAACGUAAUAAACGUUAUCGGUUCCGAUUGGUCUCAAUUUCCUGUGAUCCUAACUUUGUCUUCUCAAUUGACCAUCAUCCGAUGACCGUCAUAGAGGUUGACGGUGUGAAUACUCAAUCCUUGACAGUUGACUCCAUCCAGAUAUUCGCUGGACAGCGAUAUUCGUUUGUGAUGCAAGCAAACCAGCCUGUGGGUAACUACUGGAUCCGCGCUAAGCCUAAUAUUGGUAACACAACCUUCCUCGGCGGCUUGAACUCUGCCAUCUUGCGUUACCUUGGAGCGCCAGACGCAGAGCCAACUACGGUUCAGACGCCCAGUAAUACUCCUCUUAUUGAAUCUAACCUUCGUCCCUUGGUCUAUACUCCCGUGCCGGGCAAAGCAGUUCCUGGAGGCGCAGACAUCGUCAAGAACCUUGCACUGGGAUUCACCGCCGGUCGAUUCACUAUCAAUGGAGCGUCAUUCACACCGCCAACCGUUCCUGUGUUACUUCAGAUAUUGAGUGGUGCCCAUACUGCCCAAGACCUUCUUCCUGCUGGGAGUGUAAUUGAACUCGAGCAAGAUAAGGUUGUGGAGAUAUCCUUCCCGCCUGGAAACGCAGUAGGAGGUCCUCAUCCGUUCCAUUUACACGGGCACAACUUCUGGGUUGUCCGCAGCGCCGGAACAGACAAGUACAAUUUCAACGAUGCGCCGAUCCGGGACGUUGUCAGUAUCGGUGGUGCAGGUGAUCAAGUAACCAUCCGUUUCGUGACCGAUAAUCCGGGACCCUGGUUCCUUCAUUGUCACAUUGACUGGCAUCUUGAAGCAGGAUUUGCCGUCGUACUUGCCGAGGGGAUCAAUAACACUGCAGCUGCAAACCCAGUCCCUCCGGCAUGGGACCAGCUGUGCCCCAAAUAUGACGCGCUAGGUCCCGGAGAUAAGUAGAUGGCCUCAGUUUGGCCCCUGCAUCCACAUAUUUUCCCUCGAAGUCAGCUAAAGAUAUAUUCGGUGGUUCUAUUGUCACUUCUCAUUUAUUCAAGGCCUUUAUGCCAUGCUGUAGUCUUGUGAUCACCCUGUCAUAAUAUAGUGAACUUGAAGGUCUGUGGCAUGCGAUUGAGCCGAAUAAGUACUGUGUGAGGAA